AACUCUACGAUGAAAUUCACUUAUUCGUGAACCACCUACUUCCCGUUUUCUCAAUGAGACACUACAGUCAACACUCUUGAGCGUCAUUUGGUCACAGGCUGCUCACUGAAGAGGAAGCAUGAGAGAAUUUAUCAAAGUUUGCGUGUUUUUUCAUCUCCACUUUCUUCUAACCUGUGGAUCAGCCACGCUCGUCUGUCUUAUCGUGCUCGCAGUGGGAAUACCUUCGUGUACAGGAAAAGACUCAGCAAUUAUUCUACCAAAGAUCGUGGCCUUUGUUGGUGAAACUGUCCUUCUGCCCUGCAACACCACCCCUACUGGUGAUGUGCCAACAGUGGAGUGGAUUAAGGAGGGUCUGUUUCCAGACAUUGCCUUCUUAUACAGAGAUGGAUGUGAGACCUUUGAGAUGAAGAAUCUGGUCUUCCAGUACAGAACAAAGCUCAUCAGGCACGAACUUCACAGUGGAAAUCUCUCAAUGUUGAUUUCCAAUGUGCAACCAAAAGAUAGGGGAACAUACCAGUGUGUGACUCGGAGGAACAAUAAAAAGCAAAUCAUCUCAAGACUGGAGCUGGUUGUAGGUGCCGUUUCUGAGCCGAGACUCUCGGUUGUUCCAGGUGUGGGAGAUGAACUGACUCUGCAGUGUGAGGCCAGGUGCUGGUUCCCCGAGCCUCUGAUUAUAUUUCUUGACAAUCAGGGAAAUGAGAUGAGUGCUGAAGACCCAAGGAGAAAGGAAGACUCCCCGGGGUGCCUCACAGCCACAAGAAAAGUGACUCUGCAGACUCCUACCAACAGGGUCACCUGCAGAGUCCACCAGCCUGAGCUAAACCAGACCAGGUACUCUGAGAUUUGGAUACCAGAUGCAUGCCUGAGGUCCUGCACUGUAAUUGUUGUAAUAUGUAUUGUAGCAAUGACCUCUGUAGUCCCAGUCUUCUUUCUCAUCUUUUUGUUGGCCAAGAAAUAUUGCUGCACUGGAGAAAAACAAAAAUCCCCUGUUAAAGACGAGACCAUCGAGGAGCAAACUAAUGAAAACAAUGAACGCAAACCCAGUACAGCCACGAUGCCACCCAGCGAGUCAUCUAAUGAUUCCACAUCCUCUCUAGGAAUCUCUAAUAUCUUCCCACAAACAGCAGAGUCUCCCCACAGCAACCACAACAACAACCCCAAACCAGAGGCCACAAGCACCAGCUGCCCUUCAAUAGCUAACAGCUUAUCAGAGACCACAGAAGAAGAUUUAGGACCUCACAGCUCAACACGAACCCCAGCACCUGACCCCGUGAUGAAAAGCAGCAGUCAAGACAGCAGUUCUGCUUUUUCAAUAAACAGUAACACACUGUCCAUUCCUUCCACUCAUUCAAAAGACGUCCUAAACGUUACGAACAAGCAUCGUACAAGCAGUGUGCGAUCUCAACGCAGAAGUAACAACUCUCAGGAGUCAGAGCCGCUCAUUGGAUGAUACUGAUAUAGGCGGAGAGAUGAACCUCAGUAUGAGGAUGAGGUGCCUUUGAUAUUUGGACAAAAAGAAACAAAAACACUGAGGUCAGUGAGUAAACUAACUCACAGCUGUCAGUUGGGCCGGAGUUCAUGAAGUAAUUUAAUUUUUUGUCAACUGAUUUUUCAGUCAUAUCCAAUCAUCGCACGUGCACUUUUGGAUAUUUGAUAAGUGAGUUUUAUAGCCAAGCACUCCAUUUUAUAAGCAGCCCAAUUUUUUAAAAAUACUGUAAUACUUUUUAUAUAUAUAAUACAUAUAAUCUAGAAAGUAAGCAAAUGUCAUGAUAAUGUGCAGUAUCAUUCAUGAUACCUGCUUUUCUUGAAUAUCUUCUGAGAAAUAAUUGUAAUUCUCUGAAUAUGUUUCUCUUGAAAACAGUUUAUUACUCAGUGUUAGUUGAAUAAGACUUUAUCUUCAGCUGGUUAUCUGGGUCUGUCAGUAUGAAGCUACCUGAGCCCCAGCCAAAGUAAAACUUCAACACAGCAGAGCAGCAGAGGUCAGUGUUUACUCACAUGGAGCUUAAUGGUUAAUGCCUGCAUUAAAGUGAUCUACACUGGUGAAUGUAACCUGAAAAUACAUCAUAAAGAAAUGAGUUUAUUUCUCAUUUAUAAUUUUCUAAUGUUGAAAUAAUAUUUUUCCUGUUU